GAGAAACCUCUUGACAUUUAUUCGGUCGCGCGUAUUUUUAGAUCUCUCACUGACAGCAUAGUCGGUUACUAUUGACUUUGCCACCUGGUUUUAUUCUUGAUCUGUUUUCUCCAGGAAUUUUAAUCUCUAACCUCUCGCUCUCGCCCAAUGUCCAGCCAUCGUUGGUCUUGGAGCUGCAUCUAUGACUUGUCGGCUCGACACAUCGACUGUUAAACCAUCCCAGCACUGAUGCGCACAGUUGCUUCGUUGAAUUAACAGCAAGCAUUCUCCCCAGCCGAAGAUAUCCUCCGCCCGUGAUUAUCGAUCGCAUCGCUGUCAAACCCUCCCCCCUUCGACUUACCAACAACCAGCUCCAAGAUGUUCUCUCAACGGCGCAUGAGACUUUUGGUCAUUGCCGUGCUGGUGAUCCUCGGCGUGACCUGGUACUACUCGAGUGACGCCCGGAGUGUCCAGAACCAGCAAUUCUAUCGCUCCACCGUGGCUGCCAUGAAUGCCCAAAAGCAGGCCAAGGAAGCCACCCCGGCCGCCGCCGCAGCAGCCAACAUCCCCGUCCCGAACCGCAGCCCCGUCAAGGAAGAUCUGAAGCAUCCCAUGACCGAUGAUAAGAUCGCCCCGGCGAUCCCCAAGGCCAAACCGGCCGACCACAUGGCAGAGAUCCCGAUCGCGGGACGGACCAAGAUGACCGUGUCGAAGAAACCGGAGGAGGAGCUGGAGGAGAAGCAGCAACAGCCACAGCAACAGCAAGAACAGCUCAAGCAGGAGUCCAAGCCGCAGCAGGCAGAGGCAGAGAACGACGCCGAGGCGGAAGCGCAUGCGCAUGCAGUGGCUGAGUUGAAUGAUAUCCUGAAAAAGGCUCCGAUUAUCAUCUUCUCGAAAUCGUACUGCCCCUAUAGCGCCAAAGCCAAGUCCAUUCUCCUGGAUCAUUACUCCAUCACCCCUGUGCCGUUCGUCGUGGAGUUGGAUCAGCAUCCCCAUGGUCGGAUGUUGCAGGCUGUUUUGGCCGAGACUACAGGUCGUCGGACUGUCCCUAAUGUCUUGGUCAAUGGCAAGAGCAUUGGGGGUGGUGACGACGUGACGGCCCUCAACGGGCGCGACGAAUUGACAUCAACCUUGAGGGACCUGGGUGGUAAGUGGGUCCAAGAAGUCCACCGUAAGGACUCAACAAGCGACUAGAUUUUUUUUUUGGGCGGACUGGAAAGCUAUUUGUCGGUUCGACUAACGCAUCUGGACUCGAUCUAUUUACGGUAUGCAUGCAUGGGAUUGUGUGUUUCACGAUCCGCAUUGAAUUUCGCUGCCAAACAGGUCAUGAUUCACAGACCGAUUUGAGGAUUCUUGACGGGAAAAGCUCAUCAUAAGGACUUUAUGCAUUUCUUCUGCGUACAUAAUUGGGAUCAUGUGAUAAUUAUUAGGAAAUGAUUAAUCGUAAUCUGAUAA